GUCGGGGACGCGCAGCCGGUCUGCAGCGAAGCUGGGAGCCCCAGGAAACCUUCCCGCGCCCGGGGGCUGAUCCCCGGGCUCGGAGCCCCUCUCAGCCCAUCCGCGCGCUGGGUCGGCUCCGGGCGGCAGAUUGACGUUGUUGCCACUCGGUCCUCUCCCCGCCUCCGGACGCCUCCCGUCUCUAAAUGGAAUUCGUGGAGCUCGGAGCCUCGGGUGUAACGCACAGACAUGAUCCAUGGACGCGCCGUGUUGCACAUUGUAGCAAGUUUAAUCAUCCUUCAUUUAUCUGGGGCAACCAAGAAAGGAACAGAAAAGCAAGCCACUUCAGAGACACAGAAGUCAGUGCAGUGUGGAACUUGGACAAAACAUGCCCAAGGAGGUGUCUUUACUUCUCCCAACUACCCCAGCAAGUACCCCCCUGACCGGGAGUGCAUCUACAUCAUAGAAGCUGCCCCGAGACAGUGCAUUGAACUUUAUUUUGAUGAAAAGUACUCUAUCGAACCUUCUUGGGAGUGCAAAUUUGAUCAUAUUGAAGUUCGAGAUGGACCUUUUGGCUUUUCUCCAAUAAUUGGACGUUUCUGUGGACAGCAGAACCCACCUGUGAUAAAAUCCAGUGGAAGAUUUCUAUGGAUUAAAUUCUUUGCGGAUGGAGAGCUGGAAUCGAUGGGGUUUUCAGCUCGAUACAACUUCACGCCUGAUCCUGACUUUAAGGACCUGGGCAUUCUGAAGCCCUUACCAGCUUGUGAGUUUGAGACGGGCGGCCCGGAAGGAAUCGUGGAGUCUGUGCAGAUCAUGAAGGAGGGAAAAGCAUCCGCCAGCGAGGCCGUCGAUUGCAAAUGGUACAUCCGAGCCCCACCACGGUCCAAGAUCUACCUGCGGUUCUUGGACUACGAGAUGCAGAACUCCAACGAGUGCAAAAGGAACUUUGUGGCUGUGUAUGAUGGCAGCAGCUCUGUGGAGGACUUGAAAGCCAAGUUCUGCAGCACAGUGGCCAACGACGUGAUGCUUCGCACCGGUCUGGGGGUGAUCCGCAUGUGGGCGGAUGAAGGCAGUCGCAACAGCCGCUUCCAGAUGCUCUUCACGUCCUUUCAAGAACCUCCGUGCGAAGGCAAUGCUUUCUUCUGUCACAGUAACAUGUGCAUUAACAACACCUUGGUCUGCAACGGACACCAGAAUUGCGUGUAUCCUUGGGACGAAAAUCAUUGUAAAGAAAAAAGGAAAACCAACCUUCUGGACCAGCUGACCAACACCAGCGGGACGGUCAUUGGCGUGACUUCCUGCAUUGUGAUCAUCCUUAUCAUCGUCUCGGUCAUCGUGCAGAUCAAACAGCCUCGGAAGAAAUACAUCCAGAGGAAACUAGACUUUGACCAGACGAUAUUCCAAGAGGUGUUUGAGCCUCCGCAUUAUGAGUUAUGCACUCUCAGAGGGACGGGGGCGACAGCUGACUUUGCAGAUGUUGCCGAUGACUUUGAAAAUUACCAUAAACUACGGAGGUCAUCUUCCAAAUGCAUUCAUGACCAUCACUGUGGAUCCCAACUGUCUAGCACUAAAGGCAGCCGCAGUAACCUCAGCACAAGAGAUGCUUCUGUAUUGACAGACCUGCCCCCUCAGCCCAUCAAACCCCUCAUCCCGCCCAUGAACAGAAGGAACAUCCUAGUCAUGAAACACAACUACUCCCAAGAUGCUGCAGAUGCCUGUGAUGUUGAUGAGAUUGAGGAGGUGCCCACCACGAGUCACAGGCUCUCCAGGCACGAGAAAGCCGUCCAGCGGUUCUGCCUCAUCGGGUCUCUAAGCAAACAUGAAUCUGAAUACAACACCACUAGGGUCUAAGAAGAAAAUUCAAGAGAAGAACUAUUUGUACACACAUGAGACUGUGACAAGGAAAUUCUGUAGUGAAUUGUGAAAAGUGGACAUAUUUCUAAAUCCAUUCCACUGCCUCUAUCCAAAAUUACGAACCACAGACAUGUGUUAGCCCUUCGGCAAGACAUCCCCGCUGCACAGUGAUACGUUCAUUUCCUAAUUUGGUCGCUGGCCACCAAGUGCUCCUUAGUUUCUAAACACGUUUUGAGAUUUUACUGGAAACUUGAAGAAGAAAUUAGUUCCUGAUUCAGACUACUACCCCAACUUUAGUUUUUACUGUCGGUUCCACUUUGGUUUCUCUGUUGUUUUGCGUCUUUGUUAUAUAGUUGUAGAUUGUGUGCUGUGUGGAAAGAAAAACAAACAGAAAACACCUCGAUUUUGGAUGAACUUUGCGUUCCUUGUACGUUGUUUCCAUGAUAGACAUCUUGAGAACCGUGAGGCCUCCAGUCGGGACCCACGUGCAACUUUGCCAGGGGAAAACAUGGACUGCGACCACACCAGCUAGAGGUUUUAUGGACUCUCGGCUUCUCUUUGCUUAUUGCCAUUAGAAAAGACAGUCAUGCGUGGCAUUGCCGGAUUGCAAUAAGGAAAAAACAUCAUGGUUUUGGUCCUUCCUGUAUACCACUGCCUGCCUCCACGUUCAUUUUUGUUUCAUGUUAAAGGAUGAUGCCAAUGUUCAGAAGUGAAUUUUAAUCAGGUAAUUUUCCAACGGUACCCUACGCUAGAAAUGUUUUGGGGUUUUCUUUCUUUCUUUGCCUUUUGGUUAAGCAUUUAUCAAUAUGAGUGAAUCGACAGUUUGAGAAAAACCCUUGCAUGUCAGUACUGGAUAUUUGAGUUGGGAAAAUAUCCUUUUUAUUAGACAUUGUAAAAAGCAUGCAUUCUCAGAAUACUGCUGUUACUCUUCCAUUUCUUUAUGUCAUAUGCUUGCGACUUGUCACUUUUGAUAUAAAGAUAUAUAAAAAUGUGUAAUAAUUUCCUAA